GUCUCCUCUCUGUCGUCCUUGGUCGGGACAGACCUUGGGGCUGUCUCGGCUUUCUGCCGAGAUUGUGCGGCCGGUGUGGGGUGGGGAUGGCCAGCUCCCUCUGGGCUCCGCGAUCUGGGCGACCUGGGUUCCAGACCGCAGGCUCCCGAGAGGGGAGGCGAGAGCGGUUUCUGCAGCCCGGGCCCGGGCUCGGCCGGCAGGGAGGCGGGCGGCGGGCACCGGGCACCGGGCGGCGGGCACCGGGCACCGGGCGAAGGCUACAGCGAGGGUCCUGGAAACGCGCGGGCAGUUCGGCCGAGUCCUGAAAGUCCCGGAGGGAGGGUAUUUCCCCUGACCCGCCUUGGGGCGGAGUGCCGGGCGGAGGGUGGGAGCUGGGGGGGGGGGGCGAGAGGCGUGGCCGGAGCCCGGCUGUCGGGGAGCCGGGACCUCUGGGGCCCCAGCUUAGACGAGGCGCCUACCCCCUCAGAUCUCCUCUUCCCUCUGACCCCUGCUCCACCUUCUCCCCUAGCCCUCUCCACUCUGCACUUCCUCACCUCCCAUACACCCCCUCACUUCCCACUCUGACCUCCCUCCCCUCUCACCGUUGCGGGAUACCCGGGAGCUGCCUCUUUUGAACUCUGUCUUCCCCCCCAUCCCGGCCUCUCUGGGUCAGCUUCUCACAGUCUCACAUCCUUGGGGCUGUCCCACACCCGUUAACCCUUCCUGCCAAAUCUGGCUCCGCCUCUCCGUGAAUCUCCACUCUUCCUCUCACUUCCCCUGCCAACGAGGCCCAUAGCUUUUGCUUCACCUUCUCAGUUUCCCCCUUUCUCUAUCCUCUUUCCCCCUCUUCCCUCUGUCCUUACCCCUCUGUCUUUCUCUGGAUCCCACUUCUCCACUCCCAUCCCCCGACUGACCAUCCCUGAGCCUCCCUGAAGCCUCUUGCUCUCUGCCUUCAGUAUUCUCUACCUUUACCUCUUGCUCUCUGCCUUCAGUAUUCUCUGCCGACCAUGGCCACCAUCCCUGACUGGAAGUUACAGCUGCUAGCCCGGCGCAGGCAGGAGGAGGCAGCCGUUCGAGGCCGGGAGAAGGCAGAAAGGGAGCGACUGAAUCAGAUGCCAGCCUGGAAGCGAGGGCUCCUGGAGCGCCGGAGAGCCAAGCUCAGUCUAUCUCCUGGGGAGCCUAGCCCUGCACCUGGGACUACAGAGGCUGGACCUCCAGACCCAGAUGAGUCGGCUGUGCUCCUGGAGGCCAUCGGGCCAGUGCACCAGAACCGCUUCAUUCGGCAGGAGCGUCAGCAGCAGCAGCAGCAUCGGAAUGAAGAACUACUUACUGAGAGAAGGUCUGGACUUCUGGAGGCUCAGGAGCGGAGACCCAGCCCUGGGGAGAUGCGGGAUCAGAGCCCCAAGGGAAGAGAGUCUAGAGAAGAAUGGAUCAAUUCUCAGGAGAGGAGGCUGGGGGCAGGAGGAUCCCGAGAGUCUAGCCCCAGGCCUUCAGAGACUCGGGACUGGAGACAAAGCCCCACUGAGGCUGGAGAGAGGAGUUCCAGACUGUUAGAGACCCGGAAAUGGAGGUUGAGCCCUGGAGAAACUCCAGAGCAAAGUGUGAGACCAGCUGAGCCCCAAGAACAAAGCCCCAGGAGAAAAGAGGUGGCAGAAAGAAGACUGAGCCCCAUGGAGUCUGACAGCCAGAAGUUGGGCCUCAGAGAGGUCCACAAAUGGAGGCCUGAUACUCCAGAGUCUCAGGAACAGACUUCAGUACAACUGGAGGCAUCAGAGUGGAGGCUGAGAUCAGAAGAAGAAAGAAAAGACUACUCUGAGGAAUAUGGGAAAAAACAAGAGAAGCCAGCUCCUGGGAUGACUCCAGAAGAAAUUACUAGGCAGUCAGAAACCUUAACGAAGGAGGUGCCAGAACACAGCUCCAGAGGCGUGGAGGCAGUGGAGCAGAGGCCUUGCUCUAUGGAGGAUGGUGAGAGGAGCUCGAGACUGACAGAAGAGUGGAAAUGGACUCUGAACUCUGGGAAGGUUCGAGAAUGGACACCUAGGGAUAUUGAGACGCAAAAUCAGAAACCAGAACCUCCAGAGAAGCAUCUGGGGACUCUUGGUGUAGUAGAAGCUGGAGAAGCAGAGUCUGAGAAGGAGGAGGCAGGGGUUCAGAGCAGGUCUCUGAAUGCCCUGCAUAACCGCUGCUCUGUGCCCUCCCCCCUCCCAGCAGAGGACUCUGGGACUGGAGGUUUAAGACAGGAAGAGGAAGCAGUGGAACUCGGGCCUCCACUCACAGCCCCUCUAUCGCCCCCACCCCCAGUCCUGGUCCCAGCCCCAGCCCCAGCUUCAUCUGCUCCCCAGUCCUCUGGGGAUCCCCUCAUGAGCCGCCUCUUCUAUGGAGUGAAGUCAGGGCCAGGGGUGGGGGCCCCCCGCCGCAGUGGACACACCUUCACAGUCAAUCCCCGAAGGUCUGUGCCUCCUGCAGCCCCUACUGCUCCAGCCACCCCAGCCACAGCUGAUGCUACAGCCCCAGGGGCUGGGAAGAAGCGGUACCCAACUGUCGAGGAGAUCUUGGUUCUGGGGGGCUACCUCCGCCUCAGCCGCAGUUGUCUUGUCAAAGGGUCACCUGAGAGGCACCACAAACAGCUCAAAAUCUCCUUCAGUGAGACAGCCCUGGAGACCACAUACCAAUACCCAUCUGAGAGUUCGGUGCUAGAAGAACUGGGUCCAGAGCCUGAAGGCCCCAAUCCCCCCAGCCCCCCAGUAGCCCAACCUGAUGAUGAAGAGGAUGAAGAGGAGUUGCUAUUGCUGCAGCGUGAGCUCCAGGGUGGACUGCGCACCAAGGCCUUGAUAGUGGAUGAAUCCUGCCGAAGGUGACACUUUUUUAUUUGCCAAGAGGCUGUACCUCCCUCCUUUCCAGAAGUGAAGAUCUCAGAGCCCAGAAGAUUCAAAGCAGACAAAUCCUGAAAAUGAGCCUAGCAGAGAAUGGCAACCAAUGUCUUCCAACUUGCUUUCCUCAUCCUGUUUCUGGGGCUGAAUUAAUUGCCCAAUAUUCACCCAGAUACCUAGUAUGAGUGGGUGAUCCUAGAGUGAGCACCAAGUCCUGGGGAGAAAUAAAGCUCACUGGGGUGUAUGUGUAAGCACUGGGGUGUAUGUGUAAGCAUCUCCUUGGGCAAGGUACACUCUCCCUACAUCCCUCCUUGACUUCCCAUCAACACCUGGGGGUUCUCAGGAUUUAAGCACUCAUCUCUAUGUGAAGCCUGGGCCCCUCCACUUACUGGGACUUCUCCCUCCUGUUCCUAUGUCAUUGUCCCUUUUGUUUACAGCUCUAGCCUCUUCGCUUGACCACAACCUAGUUUACAAACCCCACCAGGUCCCAGCCUCAUCUGUCAAAGUCCCAGGUUUACAGGUCACGCCCACUUGUCAUGUUCAUGUGGAAUUAUUGCACAUGCCUGCUGCAGUCACCUUCUUGGAUUGACAGAAGUGUAGCUUCCUCCACUUUUUCUCAGUAUUAGUACGCCUUAGUUUUCCCCAAGAGGGAAGGCUAAGAAUCUUAGCUCCACAGCCCCUAUAGUUAUUUAACUCUUUUACCCUCAUUAUUCACAACUGAGUUGGAUUAAGUUGCUAGGAUGUGGGGUGGCUAACAAAGCAAUUCAACUCUCCCCCAUUUCUACUUCCUUAUCAAUUGCCUGUUUUUGUUUUGUUUUUCACCAGAGCACUACUCAGCUCUGUCUAUUGGUAGUGUCUGGGACCAAACUUGGUUCCUGUGUGUUAUUGCUGUGCUAUUUCCCUGGCCUGCCUUCUUUUUUUAACUUGCUAUAAUAAAAUGGAGCUCUCUCCAA